AUGCUACCGUGGUCGGACUCCCCACCGCCGGAUCCCGUCAAGAAGCCCAGCCUCUUCUCUCCGGCCAAGGAUAACCACCCCGAAUUCCUUCAGCAGCUCUACCAACGCGGCGGCGGCGGCGGCGGCGGUGGCCCUUCCGCCGCCUUCCACGGCAUCCACGCCUGCGUCUCCGGGCGGCCGCGCAUAUUGCUUGUCUUUGUCAUCCUCUCCCUCCAGCUGCUCCUCAUUCUCUUCGCCCGCUCCAUCUCCGUCUCGUCGCUGGUGCCGCCUCUCAGAAGCGGGCGCAUCGGCGCCGACGGAGCUCCGUUGAACUUCUCCGCUUCGGACUUCGCCCCGCUUUCCUCUUCCGUCGCUGCCGACGGGAUCCCCUUGGAGAUCGCGGCGACGUGCGAGUAUGGGCGGGUAUACGUCUACGACCUCCCGCCUGUCUUCAACAAGGGUCUGCUCGACAACUGCGGCGAGCUCAGCCCCUUGGGAUCACGCUGCGACGCCCUCUCCAACGGGGGAUUUGGCCAGCCGUCCAUCGAUCUCGCGGGGUUUGUCCCCGACGCGCUGCUCCGCUCGUGGUACGCGACCGACCAGUUCGCCGCCGAGAUCAUCUACCACCGCCGCCUGGUGAGCAACCGCUGCAGCACGGACGACCCCUCGGCCGCCUCCGCCUUUUACAUCCCCUUCUACGGCGGCCUGGCCCUGGGGAAAUACCUCUGGUCCGUUGAGAACAACUACACCGCUGCCGACAGGGACCGCCACUCGCAGAUGAUGCUCCGCUGGAUCAGGGGCCAGGCGCCGUGGAGGAGAUCCCGCGGAUGGGACCACUUCAUCGUGCUCGGGCGGAUCAGCUGGGACUUCCGGCGGUCGGGGGAGGACGGCUGGGGCGGCAGCUUCCUCUACAUGCCAGAGAUGGAGAACGUCACCCGGCUGCUGAUCGAGCGCAAUCCCUGGGACUACUUCGACGUCGGCGUGCCGUAUCCCACGGGCUUCCACCCCAUGACGCCGGCGGACGUCACGGCGUGGCAGGCCUUCGUGCUGAGCCGCCGGCGGGAGACGCUGUUCAGCUUCGCCGGCGGCAACCGUUCCCGCAUCAAGGGAGACUUCCGGGGGGUCCUCCUGGAGCACUGCGCGAGAGCACCGGCGGGGAUGUGCCGGUCGGUGGACUGCUCGGGGUGGCGAUGCUCCAACCGCACAGCGGAGACGCUGAACCUGUUCCUUGGCUCGGUCUUCUGCCUGCAACCCCGGGGGGACAGCUUCACCCGCCGCUCCACCUUUGACUGCAUGGUGGCCGGGGCGAUCCCCGUCUUCUUCUGGCGACGGAGCGCCUACAUGCAAUACGAGUGGUUCCUACCCCCCGACGGCGACGAGUACUCCGUCUUUAUCGACCCCGCGGCGGUGCGGAACGGGAGCGUGGACAUUGGCAGCGCCCUGGCGGGGCUGGGCGAGGAGAGGGUGAGGAAGAUGAGGCAGCGUGUGGUGGAGCUGCUCCCUCGGCUGGUCUACGCUCAGCCCGGCGGCGGUCUGGGCCCCGGCGUGGACGACGCCUUCGACGUCGCCCUGAACGGCCUGCUCCGCCGGUUCAAGGAUCACAGGAAAUUCUGGCCUGCAGCCGGCGGCUAG